UCGUCUCUUCACUCUCACUCCCCACUCUGCUCCCAGUCCGGCCGCCGCCGCCGCCGCUGACCGCCGUAGGAGACGAGCGUCAGAGAACGCGGCUCUCGCUCACCCAUGCUUCUUGCUUAAGCUUGACACAUCGCUUAGCACGGCAAGUCAGCUGCUGGCUGGUUGCAGUAACGAGAGGCGAAGCGAGAUGCCGGGGAUGGAGGAAGCGGAGGACUACGCGUCGUGCGCCUUCUCGCUCACUUGCCCCGAAGACGGCGCCGAGCUCGGGGACGGCGUCGUGGACGACGGCGACCUCUUCUUCUUCUACUCCGGCGGCGCCGCCGCCGCCGACGAUGAGGACGGCGACAAUGAGUACGUGGAGCAGCUGGUCUCCAAGGAGGCCAGCUUCUGCUCCUCCUCCGACUCGGGCGACGCCGACUGCUCGUCGGCCGCCUCCGAGGACUGGUUCCUGCAGGCGCGCCUCGCCGCCGUCAAAUGGAUCCUUGAAACGCGGGGCUGCUUCGGGUUCGGCCACCGCACGGCGUACCUGGCCAUCGCCUACUUCGACCGCUUCUUCCUCCGGCGACGCGUCGAUAGGGCGGCGAUGCCGUGGGCGGCUCGGCUCCUGUCCGUGGCCUGCGUCUCCGUGGCGGCCAAGAUGGAGGAGUACUGCGCGCCGGCGCUGUCGGAGCUCGACGCCGGCGGCGGCUACGAGUUCUGCUCCGCCUCCGUCCGCCGGAUGGAGCUGCUCGUGCUGUCCACGCUCGGCUGGCGCAUGGCCGCCGUUACGCCCUUCGACUACCUCCCCUGCUUCUCCUCCCGGCUCGACCGGCACGACGGCCGCGGCGGCGGCGGUCAUGACCCCGCCCGCGUCGCCCUCAAGUCCAUCGGCUUCAUCUUUGCCACAGCCGAAGCCGGCAGCGUGCUAGAUUACAGGCCAUCUACUGUGGCUGCAGCUGCAAUCUUGGCUGCAUCCUAUGGAGCUCUACUGACCAAAGAAGCACUGGAGUCCAAGAUGGACAAUCUAUCUCCAUCAUGCCCCAUUGAGAAGGAGCAUGUACAUGCCUGCUACAGCAUGAUGGUUGGCGACUUGAGGAACAGAAAGAGCAAUGGCAAGAGAUCAUUGCCAUGUUCAGACUCCAAUGAAGUUGCCACCAGUACAUAUGAUUCUGUUCUUGUUGAUGAUGUUGCCGACACCGCCGCCUUCAUGGCCGCGGUGUCGGAGAUGAACAAGCGGAUCAGACUGGAGCCGCCGGGAAUCCAUUGAGAAGCUAGCACCGCCGGGGACACGCAAUUUUUUGUCAGAUGUCUAAGGGGGCUUGGUUUGGAUCUUCAUUUUGUUUUUUCCUUGUUCAAAUUUGUUUAGGUUCUUUCGGCCACUGCCAUGGUUGGCAUUGGCAAUGCUGUUGGAUUGGUUUGGAUUGGUUUGUGAGAGGGGCAAGCGAUGAGCAAAGAUAAGGGCUGGGCUGAGCUUUCCUAAGGAGAGGAGAGCUUCACUGGAGCCCAAUUCCGGUGCCCAAAUGGAGCACAUUUCCUGUGAGAAAUUCACCCCAAAUCUGCACUGUUUUUGGUACGCCAUAGUGGUGGAUGCCAUCUUAGGUUGCAUAUGGUGAGAUGCUAGCUGUUGGAUGCAGUAGUAGCACUGAAAGGCUGGGGGUUUGGCCAUUGUUUAUAGAGCCAAGAAGAAAAAGGUUGCAAGUGGAUGUGUGAUCAGUGAGGAGUGGUGUUCCACUAAGAUGCACUGCACUGUACUUGCAUGGAUGCAUGGGUUACAUUGGUUUGUGACAAGCUCCUUGGGGAGUAGGUUGUAACUUCUGUAACAUCUGCUUCUGUUCUUGAGAAAUGGGAUCAGAUUGGUGCA